AACAGUUAAUUUUACAAAUAUCGGGUCGGUAAUAAACCAGAGCUUAUUUCCGAGUGUUAAUUACUUUUUUAUUCGUUUUUAAAACGCAAUUUAACUGAACAUAUUUAUAACAUUAUGUUGGGUAAGGUUUUGAGACCAAGCGGAAUAUAAGUCGUUAUGGAAUCUCUUGUAUUAUUAUUGUAUCUGAUAUAAUAACAGAGAUUAGUGGUAUAGUCAUUAUUUUCGAACAGUACGAAGUAAUUGAACAAUUGAACUGUUUUAUGAACAAUUUACUGUGGUUCCGAACGGUGCUGGUAGUGAAGGAUUUUGAAUGAGAAUCUUCGAUUUCUUGGAAUAUGACUGCCGUGAAGUAUCUGCUAAUUUAAUUUUGGAUUAUCUCAAAAUGUGAAUAGACAGCUCUUGAGAUUCAUUUUGCAUUAUUCAGAAAUAGGCGGUCAAUACUUACGAACCCGGAUUCAUGCUUUGGGCCACUUUCGCUCACCGGUUGUUAAGAUCGGGUAACGAAAUUAGCUGCAGAUUGCCAGUUUCCGGUUGCCAACGAUCCAUAGCGACCCAUUAAUUGAGCUCAGUGACACGGGCCGCGGUAAGACCACAUGGCCAUUGUGGCAGUUGGUUCUGUUGCUAUUAGUGCUGGCAGUGGUCUUGUCGGACGUUGUUUACAAGCAUUGUGGAAGUUAGGAAAGGUUCGCGUGUUGACCAAAAGCCUGGAAAGUAUGCGCCAUCAUCAUUGGACGGGAGCAUAAACAAAUUCAUUUAUUGAUGAGUGUGCAUGCUUGGAUUUACAACUCAGACUGUAUUCACCCUGACAAUGUACGGCAGUUGACAAAUGGGUUUUGUAUGAAUGACAAGAUAUGGUCAAUACCGCUCUUUUGUAUAGUUACAUCGAGCAAUGGACAAUUCUAGAAACCACCAACAUUGUUUAUGUUUUUCAUUAGCAAUUUAUCGAAUAAAUGAUAAAUUGAGUGUUCCAUUAGUGAGUAAUAUAACUCAGCGUUUGAGCGCUCCCAGAUCAGGUGGUCUGCGUGCUAUCGCCCCUACAUUCAUGGGUCAUUAGGAGGCAUGAGAUUAAAAAGGUGUUGAACAGUACUCUAGCGCGUAAAUAUUUUCAAUGAUCUUCAAUGGCUUUGAUAACUUAAAAGUGUUUAUUUAAAACGUAUUGACUGACUUCUAAUAGCGUUAUGGACACAUUUUGUAAUUUAUAGACCCAGAAGAGGACUUAAAGAUAAGACAACACAAAUGGCAUAACAUGAGUGAAGGGAUUUGUUUAUAUUUUUAUAUUGAAAGUGAGAUUGUGGACAUAUUUCAUGAAAGUGAAAAUGCGAGAAUGGAACUGGAAUUGUGAAUUAAGAAAUUAAACGUUAUGAUGGAUAAACGCCAAAGGCAUCACGAAUCUAACGCGCAGGAUAUGGCGGUAUCCCGACGGCCAAAUUCUGUACAGACCGCCAACAUGAAGCAUCUGCCGACGAUAAAAGAGACUAAGAAUUAUAUUAUGAUUACCCAAGACAUUUUGGAUGCAUUCAGAGAACAAGUAGUUCAGUCAAACAAAGUGACGCUCAAACUGAAUAACGUGAAGUACAAGGAACGCCGGAGGAAAUCUCAUCGGGACCGUCUGCCGCCAGUGUUUGCCGAGAGACUCCGGCUGCUGCACGGGAGGGCGAGCACAAGUCUCGACCUGAGAGAGACGCUGCCCCAUCGUCCCGUACGCGUGUUCGUUGAUGACAUCACAGCGAGGCUAGAACGGAGCGUCACCCUGCACGAGACGGGGCAUACGGAGUCGAAUAUCAAAGCUAGUCACAGCAGAAGGAGCGUCGACUCCGAUGACGAUGGCCACCUGCCUGACGCCAUAAUAGAAAAAGUAGCACGCGCAAACACCGUCCAUAAUGAGCAUUCGCAGAUACUACCGGAAAUCCGGGCGGCGCCAUGUCCAAUACACACAAAAAAAGACCAUAAAGAUCCACUUAAAACAGACGGACGAUCGCCGCGUCGUCUCACAACCCACGAACCCCAUAACCAGUUAAAUGUCCAUACGUCUACUAAUAAGGGGUGUCGUAUGGACAUAAAUAUUCGAAUUCCAGAACAAUUUCCUGCGACUGUGCGGCAACCCAUGUUGCCUAAGAAUAUGACGUCAAAGGAGUACGUCAUGACAUGGCUCGUGCACGGAUCUGAGCCGAACGGAAAUAACCACUUUCCGGAAAUAAUACCAAGACGUAAGAAAUCUUUGAAAGUGAAAAUGCCAGAUGUUAAAAAUUCAUGAAAACCCCUGACAGUUCACAAUUGUUGUGUACCAAGUGACGAGUGCUUACAUUGUUGAUCAAUGUUAGCGCGUAUUGAAUAGGUAAAAUGAUACUAUUUGAUAACUAUAAAAUAGUUCUAUGUGUCGAACUUGUUUGGUUGUUAGUGCGGACGUGACGUUUAAUUAUUAUUAGUGUUGUAUUUAUGGUAAUGUAUUGUUGUUUGUUUAUUUAAUCGUAUAAGUAACUGUUAUGUUUUGUUAUAAAAAUAAAGACAUAUUUUAUGCA